CUUCUUAUUCUUUUUUUAAUAAGAUUUGUUUAUUUAAUUUUUAAAAAAAAAUUAUAGACUCCCCUCUCUCUUUCUGUACAUAAAUAAAGAUGUCUGACGAUUAUGAUUAUGAAUCUCUUGGUGAUAAUGCUACUCUUGCUCAAGAUGCUAUGGCAGGUGCACUUGCAGGCAUAGCAGAACAUUGUGCCAUGUUUCCAGUAGAUAGUAUUAAAACUCGUAUGCAAGUUAUUCAAUCUACUACUACUAAUAUACCUUCAGCAGCCACAUCUGCAUUAAAUCGACCUCAAUUAUUUAAUGGUAGUGGGGGACAUCGACAUGUUCAUUCUUCAGCAAUUAUGGAAACAGCCAAUAUUCAGAACGUUAGAACAGCUUCACGUCAUCUUUGGCGUGGGGUGAAUUCGGUUGUGAUGGGGGCUGGGCCUGCCCAUGCCAUUCAUUUUGCUACCUAUGAGGCCUGUAAAGAAGCGUUUGGAGGAAAGACAGGAGGGGGACAUCAUGUUUUAUCAAAUGCAGCGGCAGGUGCUUGUGCAACAUUAGCUCACGAUACCUUGAUGAAUCCAUUUGAUGUGAUAAAGCAACGUAUGCAGUUGGGUGAAUAUCGAACUGUUCGUGAAUGUGCUUUACGUGUCUAUAGUAAAGAAGGCCUUGUCGCCUUUUACAUUUCCUUACCAACUACCUUGACAAUGUCUAUACCGUUCCAAUCCAUUCAAUUUGCAACCUAUGAAUUUUUCCGUAAAGUAUUAAAUCCACGAGGCGAGUACGACCCUAAAACACAUGCUAUCGCUGGAUGUUUAGCGGGUGCCAUUGCUUCUUCUGUGACAACCCCAUUAGAUGUCGUCAAGACUUUAUUACAGACUCGUGGCACAAAUACGGAUCCACGUAUUCGAAAUGCAUCGGGUUUAAUAGAGGCAGCAAAGAUCAUUCAAGAACGAUAUGGAUUAAAGGGUUUCUUUAGAGGCUUUAAACCAAGAGUUUUAACAAACAUGCCAAGUGCUGCUAUUAGUUGGAGUGUGUAUGAAUACUUUAAAUGGUUUAUUAGUAGUACUAAUAAUGACAAUCAUGUUCUUAGCUUGUAAAUAAUCUCAUCUUAAUAUUACACCCAUUUGUAUUAUUUAAAUCUAUAUUAUAUGCAUACACACACACACACACACACA